AAACAGACCAGAAGAGAGAGAGAGAGAGGAAGAGGAAGAGAGAAAACAGAACAGAGUAGGGAUCGAUAGACCUUGGAAUCACACACACUUUGCAAAAGCUUCAAAAGGGUUUUCAAUUCUUAUUUAUUUACGAAAGAAGUCAAUCUUUGGUGGUAGUCUCUAGGGUUUUGCUUGCUCUUCUUCGUGUCCCCUUUUACCUGCAACUGCAAACAAUAACUUAAAAUUGGCGUGUUUCGUACGGUCUAUCUAACCCUAAUCUGUCACAAAACACUCCUCUUCUCUCACCCCUUUUUCUGGGUUUCUUCAGUUCUCGUGUUUUGGUUCUGUUUCUUCUCUGGAGAUUUGGUUUUCUUGAGUGAGCUUUUCUUUUUAAAUGGUCUUGAUUUGAUUAUUAUAGAAUUAUUAUGGUAAUGGAGCCUAGGGAAGACAUAAUAAAGCCUUCUUAUUGGCUAGAUGCUUGCGAGGACAUCUCUUGUGAUCUUAUUGAUGAUCUCGUGUCUGAAUUUGAUCCUUCCUCUGUUGCUGUCAAUGAAUCCACUGAUGAUAACGGCGUCAUCAAUGAUUUUUUCGGUGGGAUUGAUCACAUUUUAGAUAGUAUUAAGAACGGUGGAGGUUUACCAAACAAUGGCGUUUCUGAUACCAACGAGGUUAGUGUAACUCCUCAGGUUAUUGCUAAGGAGGUUACAGUCUCGGUGAAGGAGAAUGGGUUGCAAAAGAAUGGCGGUACGAGAGACGAAUUGUCGAAAGAGGAAGGAGGGAAGGAUAGGAAGAGAGCUAGGGUUUGUAGUUAUCAGAGUGAAAGGAGUAACCUUUCAGGUAGAGGACAGGUUAAUUCUAGGGAGAGAGAUAGGUUUAUGAAUAGGAAACGUACUCGUAAUUGGGACGAGGCGGGUAACAAUAAGAAAAGGGAAUGUUACAAUUACAGAAGAGAUGGUAGAGAUAGAGAAGGUAGGGGUUAUUGGGAGAGGGAUAAAGUUGGUUCCAAUGAGUUGGUUUUUCGGUCAGGGACUUGGGAAGCUGAUCACGAAAGAGGUGUUAAGAAAGAGAGUGGUCGAAACCGUGAAUGUGAUGUGAAGGUUGAGGAGAAUAAGAGUAAGCCUGAAGAACGUAAAGAGAAGGUUGUGGAAGAGCAAGCUAGGAGAUACCAAUUGGAUGUGCUUGAACAAGCUAAAGCGAAAAACACGAUUGCUUUUCUUGAGACCGGUGCUGGAAAGACACUUAUCGCGAUUCUUCUUAUUAAAAGUGUUCAUAAGGAUUUGAUGAGCAAGAACAGAAAACUGCUCUCGGUGUUCUUGGUUCCUAAAGUGCCUUUGGUUUAUCAGCAAGCAGAAGUGAUCCGUAAUCAAACUUGUUUUCAAGUUGGGCAUUACUGUGGUGAGAUGGGACAGGACUUUUGGGAUGCUCGAAGGUGGCAACGAGAGUUUGAGUCUAAGCAGGUUCUAGUAAUGACAGCACAAAUUCUGUUGAAUAUACUGAGACACAGUAUCAUUAGAAUGGAAACAAUUGAUCUUCUUAUUCUCGAUGAAUGUCACCACGCUGUCAAGAAACAUCCAUACUCUUUAGUGAUGUCAGAGUUUUACCAUACAACUCCUAAAGAUAAAAGACCUGCCAUCUUUGGAAUGACUGCUUCGCCCGUUAAUCUAAAGGGUGUUUCAAGCCAAGUAGAUUGUGCGAUAAAAAUACGCAACCUUGAGACCAAGUUGGAUUCUACGGUUUGUACAAUAAAAGAUCGAAAAGAAUUAGAGAAACAUGUGCCUAUGCCUUCAGAGAUAGUCGUCGAGUAUGACAAAGCUGCUACUAUGUGGUCUCUUCAUGAGACAAUAAAGCAAAUGAUUGUAGCUGUUGAAGAAGCGGCACAAGCAAGUUCAAGGAAAAGCAAGUGGCAAUUUAUGGGGGCUAGGGAUGCUGGAGCAAAGGAUGAACUGAGACAGGUUUAUGGCGUCUCUGAAAGAACGGAGAGCGAUGGAGCCGCCAAUUUGAUUCAUAAACUUAGAGCUAUUAAUUAUACUCUUGCUGAAUUGGGUCAAUGGUGUGCUUACAAGGUGGGGCAAUCGUUUUUGACUGCUUUGCAAAGUGAUGAGAGGGUGAAUUUCCAAGUCGACGUGAAGUUUCAAGAAUCAUACCUCAGUGAGGUGGUGUCACUAUUGCAAUGUGAGCUUCUGGAAGGCGCUGCUGCUGAAAAGGUCGCAGCGGAAGUUAGCAAAACAGAAAAUGGUAAUGCAAAUGACGAGAUGGAGGAGGGAGAGCUCCCUGAUGAUCAUGUGGUCUCGGGAGGGGAACACGUUGAUGAAGUAAUAGGUGCCGCAGUGGCUGAUGGGAAAGUUACUCCAAAAGUUCAAUCAUUGAUCAAACUACUCCUCAAGUAUCAGCACACAUCUGAUUUUCGAGCUAUUGUUUUUGUUGAGAGGGUGGUUGCUGCUUUGGUUCUUCCUAAGGUUUUUGCCGAGCUGCCUUCGCUUGGUUUUAUACGGUGUGCCAGCAUGAUUGGACACAAUAACAGCCAGGAAAUGAAAUCUUCUCAAAUGCAAGAUACAAUUUCCAAAUUCCGAGAUGGGCAUGUGACACUGCUUGUUGCCACAAGCGUUGCUGAGGAAGGACUUGAUAUUAGGCAAUGUAACGUUGUUAUGCGCUUCGACCUUGCAAAGACGGUGCUGGCAUAUAUUCAGUCUCGUGGUCGGGCAAGAAAGCCUGGAUCAGACUACAUACUCAUGGUUGAGAGGGGAAAUGUAUCUCACGCAGCGUUCCUUAGGAAUGCUCGGAACAGUGAGGAGACGCUUCGAAAAGAAGCAAUUGAAAGGACUGAUCUUAGUCAUCUCAAAGAUACAUCGAGAUUAAUCUCCAUUGAUACUGUGCCAGGUACAAUUUAUAAGGUGGAGGCAACUGGUGCCAUGGUUAGCUUGAAUUCCGCGGUUGGUCUUGUACAUUUCUACUGCUCUCAGCUUCCUGGUGACAGGUAUGCAAUCCUUCGUCCUGAGUUUAGCAUGGAGAAGCAUGAAAAGCCUGGGGGCCACACAGAGUAUUCAUGUAGGCUUCAGCUUCCUUGCAAUGCACCAUUUGAAAUACUCGAGGGUCCUGUUUGCAGUUCAAUGCGUCUUGCACAACAGGCUGUAUGUCUAGCUGCUUGCAAGAAACUGCAUGAGAUGGGUGCAUUUACCGAUAUGCUAUUACCGGACAAGGGAAGUGGUCAAGACGCUGAGAAGGUUGACCAAGAUGAUGAAGGUGAGCCUGUUCCUGGAACUGCUAGACAUAGAGAGUUCUAUCCUGAAGGUGUGGCGGAUGUACUGAAGGGAGAAUGGAUUCUAUCUGGAAAGGAAAUAUGUGAGAGCUCAAAGCUAUUCCAUUUAUACAUGUAUAGUGUCAGAUGUGUAGAUUUAGGCUCUUCAAAAGAUCCAUUCCUAACCGAAGUUUCAGAGUUCGCGAUUCUUUUUGGCAAUGAGCUGGAUGCAGAGGUAUUAUCGAUGUCUAUGGAUCUUUAUGUUGCUCGGGCCAUGAUCACUAAAGCAUCUCUUGCUUUCAAGGGAUCACUUGAUAUUACAGAAAACCAGCUAUCAUCUCUAAAAAAGUUUCAUGUGAGAUUAAUGAGUAUCGUGUUGGAUGUUGAUGUUGAACCCUCUACGACACCAUGGGAUCCUGCAAAGGCCUACUUGUUUGUCCCUGUUUCUGACAAUACGUCAAUUGAACCCAUAAAAGGGAUCAACUGGGAAUUGGUUGAAAAGAUUACGAAAACCACUGCGUGGGACAACCCUCUUCAGAGAGCUCGUCCCGAUGUAUAUCUCGGGACUAAUGAGAGAACUCUUGGUGGGGACAGAAGGGAAUAUGGGUUUGGUAAACUUCGUCACAACAUUGUCUUUGGGCAGAAAUCUCACCCAACUUAUGGUAUUAGAGGAGCUGUUGCAUCUUUCGAUGUUGUGAGAGCUUCUGGAUUGUUACCCGUAAGAGAUGCGUUUGAGAAGGAAGUAGAAGAGGAUCUAUCAAAAGGAAAAUUGAUGAUGGCUGAUGGGUGCAUGGUUGCAGAAGAUCUUGUUGGGAAAAUAGUGACAGCCGCACAUUCCGGGAAGCGGUUUUACGUAGAUUCAAUUUGUUAUGAUAUGAGUGCAGAAACAUCAUUCCCAAGGAAAGAGGGAUAUCUUGGUCCCCUAGAGUACAACACGUAUGCUGACUAUUACAAGCAAAAGUAUGGAGUUGAUUUGAACUGUAAGCAACAACCUUUGAUCAAAGGACGGGGUGUUUCGUAUUGCAAGAACCUUCUUUCUCCUAGGUUUGAACAGUCAGGUGAAUCUGAGACAAUCCUUGAUAAAACAUAUUACGUGUUUCUUCCACCUGAACUAUGCGUUGUCCAUCCACUUUCGGGUUCACUUGUCCGAGGUGCUCAGAGGUUACCCUCUAUAAUGAGAAGAGUUGAGAGCAUGUUGCUCGCUGUUCAACUCAAAAAUUUGAUUAGUUAUCCUAUUCCUACAUCUAAGAUUCUUGAAGCCUUGACUGCCGCCUCGUGCCAGGAAACGUUCUGCUACGAGAGAGCUGAGCUUUUAGGAGAUGCUUAUCUAAAAUGGGUCGUUAGUCGUUAUCUGUUUCUGAAGUAUCCGCAAAAGCACGAGGGUCAGCUUACAAGGAUGAGGCAACAAAUGGUUAGUAACAUGGUUCUUUAUCAGUUUGCUCUGGUUAAAGGGCUUCAGUCAUAUAUCCAGGCGGAUCGUUUCGCCCCGUCUAGGUGGUCUGCUCCUGGUGUGCCUCCGGUUUUCGACGAGGACACAAAAGAUGGAGGAUCUUCGUUUUUCGAUGAAGAGCAAAAACCUGUUUCCGAGGAAAACAGCGAUGUGUUUGAAGAUGGGGAGAUGGAAGAUGGUGAACUAGAGGGCGAUUUGAGUUCUUACCGAGUUUUAUCUAGCAAAACGUUAGCUGAUGUUGUUGAAGCUUUGAUUGGUGUUUAUUACGUCGAAGGGGGUAAGGUUGCAGCAAAUCAUUUGAUGAAAUGGAUUGGGAUUCAUGUGGAAGAUGAUCCUGAUGAAGUCGAAGGAACGGUGAAAAAUGUAAAUGUUCCAGAGAGUGUGCUAAAGAGUAUUGACUUUGUUGGUCUUGAGAGAGCUCUUAAAUUUGAGUUUAAAGAGAAAGGUCUUCUUGUUGAAGCUAUAACACAUGCUUCAAGACCAUCUUCAGGUGUUUCGUGUUACCAAAGAUUGGAAUUUGUUGGUGAUGCGGUCUUGGAUCAUCUUAUCACAAGACACCUGUUUUUCACAUACACAAGCCUUCCUCCUGGUCGGUUAACUGAUCUUCGAGCUGCAGCGGUUAACAACGAGAAUUUUGCUCGCGUUGCAGUUAAACAUAAACUCCACUUAUACCUUCGUCACGGUUCUAGUGCCCUCGAGAAACAGAUUCGGGAAUUUGUGAAGGAAGUUCAAACCGAGUCAUCGAAACCGGGGUUCAACUCUUUUGGUUUGGGAGACUGUAAAGCACCAAAAGUUCUUGGAGAUAUUGUUGAAUCUAUUGCAGGUGCUAUUUUUCUUGAUAGUGGAAAAGAUACAACUGCUGCUUGGAAGGUUUUUCAACCUUUGCUUCAGCCCAUGGUGACACCAGAGACACUUCCAAUGCAUCCGGUUCGAGAGCUACAAGAGCGGUGCCAGCAACAAGCAGAAGGGUUAGAAUACAAAGCGAGUAGAAGUGGUAACACAGCGACUGUGGAAGUUUUCAUCGAUGGUGUUCAAGUCGGAGUGGCACAAAACCCGCAGAAGAAAAUGGCUCAAAAGCUAGCGGCUAGGAACGCGCUCGCAGCUUUGAAAGAGAAAGAAAUAGCAGAAUCAAAGGAGAAGCGCGUGAACGGGAAUGCGGUAGAGAAUCAAGACGAUGAGAAUGGGAACGCGAACAAGAAGAAUGGAAAUCAGACGUUCACGAGACAAACGUUGAAUGAUAUUUGCUUGAGGAAGAAUUGGCCAAUGCCUUCUUACAGAUGUGUGAAAGAAGGAGGACCGGCUCACGCAAAGAGGUUUACGUUUGGGGUUAGAGUUAAUACGAGCGAUAGAGGAUGGACCGAUGAGUGUAUUGGCGAGCCAAUGCCGAGUGUUAAGAAAGCUAAGGAUUCAGCUGCAGUUCUUCUACUUCAGCUUUUAAAUAAAACCUAUUCUUGAUUUUAUUUCUCUCUCAAGGAGAUGGAAUUAUAUUGUGGAAUUUUGGUCAUUUGUUUCUAUUUUUCAACAGAGUUAUUAUUAUGGAUAUAAAAUAAUUUAAAUAUUCAACUUAUUUUUUUA